AAUCACAAUUUUCUUACAUCUUGCACCUACAUAAAUCAUUAAGACAUUAAUACACUCUUUAUUUUUCUCUCCUAUCAAACUACCUAAAAAUUUAUUUUAUCACUUCAAAAUAAAUGUCUUCAUCCAAAAUGCAAACCCAAAACGGGAGAGUACAUGAUGAAGAUGAGGAAAAUAAUGCGUGUUCAUUAUUUGCAUUGUCUCUUUUAAAUUCUUCAGUAACUCCAAUCGUACUACAAACCAUCCUUGAGCUCGAAGUUUUCGAAAUCAUCAAGAAAAUCGGCUCUAACGGAGGCCAAGUUUCUGCCACGGAGAUCGUGGCACACUUGCCCGCCAAGAAUCCGGAGGCGGCCACCAUGCUAGACCGCAUGCUCCGCCUCCUAGCUAGCCACUCCAUCCUCACUUGCACCACCAGGAGCCUUCCUGAUGGGCUCGUCGAGAGGUUCUAUGGCCUAGCUCCCGUUUGUAAAUUCUUGAUUAAGGAUGACAAUGGUGUUAGCUUGGCUCCUUUGGCUAGUAUUUCCAAGAUUAUUAUUGAUAGCAGCUAUCAAUUAAAGGAGUCAAUUUUGGAAGGAGGACAUGCAUUUGAAAGAGCAUACGGUGUGUCACACUAUGUCUAUAACGGGCAAAACCCGGAUAUGAAUAAGAAAUUCAACAAUGCAAUGGCUAGUCAUUCAACAAUUACCGUGGACAAAAUCCUUAAAACCUACAAGGGAUUCGAGGAUCUCUCCUCCUUGGUCGAUGUUGGUGGAGGUAACGGAGCUACUCUUACUAAGAUACUUUCAAAGUAUCCUAAUGUUCGUGGCAUCAAUUUUGAUCUGCCUCAUGUCAUCAACGUCGCUCCACCUUGUACAGGUGUGGAACAUGUUGGAGGAGACAUGUUUGAGAGUAUUCCAAAAGGUGAUGCUGUCUUCAUGAAGUGGAUAUGUCACGCUUGGAGUGACGAGCAGUGCAUAAAAUUCCUGAAGAACUGCUAUGAAGCAAUUCCGGAUGACGGAAGAGUAAUUGUUUGCGAGCAUGUCCUCCCUGAAGAAGUAGAAACCGGCCAUGCCGCGAAAUUUGCGUUUCAAUUCGACACGAUAAUGAUGGCUGUACCAAAUGGGAAAGAGAGGACUAAGAAAGAGUUUCAAGCCUUGGCUAAAGCAGCUGGGUUUAAAGGCUUUAGGGUUGCUUGUUCAGCUUAUGAUACCAAAGUCAUGGAAUUUCUUAAGAAGAGUGCGGAGUAGCUAGUUAUUAAGAGCUUGCCCUCCAACGAUAAAUAAUUUUUAAUUUGUUUAUCACAUGACAAUUUUGUAAACAUAUAAAUAAUUUUAUCCAAUCACGCCAUCAACUGUGGAGAACCCACAUUAAUGAAAAAGUUAUUGAUUUAUAUAUGAAAAUGUCAAUUAAUAAACAAUUAAUUUUUGUUUA